CUACUAUUUUUUUCUUGUAUACUUUCUUAUCUUUGGCUUUUACCUGCAAUAUUUCUCUUCAAAAAAUGACAACCCAUCUUUCCUUUCAUCUUUUCAAGCCAUGUUUAACCCUUCUUUUUUUAUCCUUGUUUCAAUCCCGAACAACUUUCUCAGCUCUGAUAAUGAGCUUGAGGAACCACCAUAGCCACCCCCAACAUAGAAGACCAAUGUUCCAAACCAACCAAACCACUUGUGCAUUGUUUACAGGGACUUGGGUCCGUGAUGAUUCUUACCCAUUGUACCAAUACUCGAGCUGUCCAGCCAUAGAUCCCCAAUUCAACUGUCAACUAUCUGGGAGACCUGAUUCUGAUUACCUUAAGUAUCGAUGGCAGCCCCUCAAUUGUCAGCUCCCAAGGUUCGAUGGGGUUGCUUUUUUGUCGAAGAUGAGGGGGAAGAAUGUGAUGUUCGUUGGGGACUCGCUGGGAAGAAAUCAAUGGGAGUCUUUGAUUUGUAUGAUUUUGGCUGGGGAUCCACAAACCCAGACUCAGAUGAACAGAGCAAUGCCUCUUUCCACUUUCAAGUUCCUGGAAUAUGGUAUCACCAUGUCAUAUUUUCGAGCUCCGUAUUUGGUAGACAUUGAUGUGGUACAAGGGAAGAAAAUCGUAAAGUUGGACGACAUAGCUGGAAACGGAAAUGCCUGGCGAAUGGCUGACGUGCUGGUGUUUAACACAGGCCAUUGGUGGACUCAUGAAGGGUCUCUCCAAGGGUGGGAUAUGAUUCAAUCAGGAGGUAAAUAUUACCAGAACAUGGAUCUUUUGGUUGCUAUGGAGAAAGGGCUAAGAACAUGGUCUAAUUGGGUUGACACCAAUGUCGACAUAUCUCGAACCAGAGUAUUUUUUCAGUCCAUUUCCCCUGAUCACUAUGAUCCAAGUGAAUGGAGUGCCGAAGCAACAGCGAUGACCAGGAAAAACUGUUAUGGAGAAACGACCCCUAUGGAAGUAACUAGAUACACCGGCGCAUAUGCGGAUCAGACGAGAGUGUUGGAUGAAGUCAUUAGGGAGUUGCAUGUGCCUAUAUACUUGUUGGACAUAACAAUGCUCUCUGAGCUUAGGAAAGACGGGCACCCUUCAAUUUACAGCGGCGAUAUAAGCCCUUCUCAGAGGUCUAACCCGGCUAAGUCGUCUGAUUGCAGCCAUUGGUGCCUACCUGGGUUACCUGAUACUUGGAAUGAACUAUUUUAUACUGUAUUAUUCUACUAGAUUCACUUCAUUUAUGAUUACUUUUAAUUUUGAUUAUAGGCCAGUGUAACCUUUUCUGUUAAGCAAUGCAUUCUCAUUUUGAUAUGAACCAAGGUGCAGGGAUUAGAGAG